AUGCAACCAGGACCUCUUCAACAUCGCUACCAUCAUUCUACAAAUGUCCCCGGGAUCGGAAACGGGACAGGACUCAGUGUGGUACCCGCUCUGUUUGGGGACCAGAACUACUACCGGCACGGCGGAUACACUUCCGUAACCAUGGGUGGAAUGGCCGCUAUGUACGGAGCGGCGGACCAAUAUCCCCACAUGGGGCGCUCAAACCCCUACAAUCCGUACGGCCCACCACAACAGGUCCACAAGGAUAUGGUAAAACCCCCUUACAGCUACAUUGCUCUCAUCGCCAUGUCAAUUCAGAGUCAACCGGAUAAAAAAAUCACCCUCAAUGGAGUGUAUCAGUUCAUUAUGGACAGGUUUCCAUUCUACAGGGAAAAUAAACAGGGAUGGCAAAACAGUAUACGCCAUAACCUGUCCCUAAACGAGUGUUUUAUCAAGGUACCAAGGGAUGACAAGAAGCCCGGAAAAGGGUCUUACUGGAGUUUGGAUCCAGAUAGUUACAAUAUGUUUGAUAAUGGUAGCUACCUCAGGCGUAGGAGACGGUUUAAAAAGAAGACUGCUCUGAAGGAAAAACAUGACCGCGACCCCGAAGAUACCAAGGACCAACGCAAGUGUUCGAAUGACCACAAGUCCGAUGCCGACAAUGAUAUUCCAAGGAAUGGGGAAUCUGUGACCUCAGAAUAUUCCGACAGUUCAACGAGUCCCCAAAAAUACGAUCUCAAGAAAACAACUAACGGCUUGGAGACUCCUCCAAACUCUCCCGGGACAAGGAUGCUUCCAAUGACUGGGACCAAGCUAGAGCCUUUGGACCCGGUCAGUCCGGAAUGUAUGAACACCGGACAUUCUCAUCACAGUCCGAGCUCGCUUCCUAUUCCUACCGAUCCAUUGGACCCUCCGUCCAGCAGUUUCUCCGUGGAAAACCUGAUGACCAAUACUCAUACAAGCGUGCCCUGUGACAUUUCUAACAAUUGUAACUUCGCUUCAAACAGACAGACACCGCUCAUCAGUCCGUCCGUCCUACAAUACACGGGAACGCGGGUGUCUGACAUUUACAGGAACGUGUCCACGUGUAAUCAAAAUAUGUCACCACCCUUAGGAUACUCUUACCCCGCGAACGGCAGUGCUCAGUCUCUCUUGGGACAGACUGCUCUUGGAAACCCGGGGGUACAUUCUCUUCAGGUUGGCUCCCCCGGGGCUGAUGAAGGGAGCACGGGAAGCGCUAGUCCCCAGCCAGCACCAGCCCAUGCCCAUGCCCAUGGAACAAUUUCUCAAACCAAUGGAAUUAACUCUGCCAUGUUCACCAUGUCACAGAACCAGACUUACGGACGUGCAAGUGCAUGGUACAUGUCCCCACCCUCGAGCGAAUUUUCUCCUCAUAGUACGGACUUCUCAUCUGCCUCGCCCUUCUCAACGGUUCGGGAUGUGUUCGACAGUCAGAGACUUUUGGGUGGACAGCCCGGGUCCCAGGGGCAGACCUCUGCGAGCUGUCAACUAGCAGCCUUUCGGACGCCCUAUAAGUCCCCAAGUUCGUAUACUUGUGAAUAUAGUAAGUUUUGA